AGUACAGCCAAAUAGCAAAAACGAGCAACUGACAGCAAAACGGCUCUCUUACUAUACAGUGUAUAAUAUAGCAGUGCACGCCAAAGCACAGUAUAACAUGACAACACAUAUUUCGUUUCGCAGCAGCAGCAGCAGCAGCAAAGCGGCGACGACGACGAAAUCCAAUUGAAUAAACACAACAUCGAAACCAGUCGAGUCAAAUCAUUCGAAGUGUAACGAGGUUUUUUACGAUGCUCACCAAAUCAUCGUAAAAUGCAAGCGAAAAGUGUACACAGUGUUUAGUAAGCACGCUCUUACGGACUAAAUUCGAAACAUAGUGUACGCGAAUCAUUUUCUCACGUUUUUCGAGUUGGUUUUUGAAGUGUACGCCGAAUAUAUUGUGCAAAAGAGCGUUAGAGUGUAUGAGAGCGAGAGAGAGAAAAAGAGAAAAAAAGAGAAGAGAAUAGAAACAAAGUAGUUGACAAAAAAGGAAAACAAGGGAAAAAGUGUAUACACAGCAUCAACAAACAAUCACGACAUUUCAAAUGAGUUAAAAGUAGUGAACAUUUGAAAAUAACAGAGACUUAUAUUGUUGACCGAAGAGAAAGAGAGAAUUCAGUGCGUUUUUUUUUGUGUGUGUCUCGUAAAACAAAUGAAGUGUAGUGUAUGUAUGUGCAAAUGAUAUGGAAUAGAAAAUAGUUGUUCAUGGAAUGCGUUUACAAAACAGAAAUCUUAAAAAAGACCAACCGCAGAAACAUACGACAAAUGACGGUGUAGAGUAAAAAAAAGAAGUACAAACACGGUGCGUUUUUUCACUAUCUUAAUAUUGAGUUUUGUUGGCAGCAAUAAAACAAAAAUUACGACCAAUCCAAUGAUAAUAUUGAUAUUUGUGACUCACGGAAACAAACAAAUUGUGAAUAUUUCUCGAGUUGUUGGUUUUUCUGUACCCUAAACUCGUACGGAAAAAAAAGUGAGUGCUGUGUAAAACGGACUGAAUAAACUGAAUGAAGAAAAUCGAAAAAAAAGAGCAACAGAAAAAAGUUUGAUAAAAAAGGUUUCUAUAUACCAAACAAAAAAAAGUAAAUAGUAAACUAAAAAGAAGAAGAAGAAGAAGAAGAAGAAGAAGAAAAACUAACUGCGAUUGAGUGUUUCUGUGGUGUGUUUCACAAAAGGCUGUUCAUUUGCAUUUUCUCCGAACAACGUUUCGUCACACACAUUUGAAAGAAAAUCAGAUGCUUGUGUCAUCGAACAUCAAUGAAGCCAGAGUGAUCUCACUUGUUGAAAAUCAGUGGUGCUGCUUUUGAGCGCGAACAUAAAAUGGCAAACGUUCCACACGAUGACACUGUACUAUGUUUUGAUAUAAUCAAUUCAACUAGCAGCAAACACAACCUACAAAUAAGUAAUUAUGCGACCAACACGAAACUGGACCACCUAUGUGCCAGAAUCAGAAAGUACACUUCGGAAAAAGUGUAUUGAAUUGUCACCAACGUUGCCAUUGUCGUCGUCCACGUCCACGUCGAAAAGUGUAAACGUCGUCCCAGCCAGCCGAUGCAAUCAGAAUAAUAACAAUCAAAUUAAGGACUGCGAACAGCGGAAUGGUAUGAAAACACAAUUUUUGCGCCAAGGCAGCGAUUGUGUAAAUAAAACAGCCAGUCAGUUUGGUGACGAUAAUAAUGAUGCGAUCUCGGCACUAUCAUCGUCCGCAACAAAACAACAACAAAACGACACUACGACGUCGACAACAACGGCGACGUUAAAAUCACCAGACUUUAAAAACAGUACAACGGCCAAUAUAAACGAUAUUGAUGCCGAGUGCGAUAAGUCGUCAACAAAUUUGGAAUGUGCGCCGCUCAUACAAUUAAGCCCAAAUAAAUCGAUUACACUCGUUAAGCAAAACAGCACCUCGUUAAUAUUUACAAAGAAAGACGUGAAUCCGGUCGUACAUCGCAAACGAAUCACAUUGGUGUGCAACAGUGGUACACAUUCGAACGGUGGCAUAACCACCACAACAACCACAACGGCAGCAGAAACAGCAACCGCCACACCGACUGAAGGCAUCCCCAUCAUAAGUCACACGGACGAAUCGAUUUCAUCGCCGAAAAAGCGGCACAGUUUCAACUGGCACUCCGAUCGAAACAACGGCUUCAGCCCGUCGGACAAAUCCAAGCGAAAACAAAUCAAAUCGUGGUAUGCUGUGAUCGGUUCGCCAUCCGUUCGUGAGUCAACGUUUGAUAGCGACACAGAGGAUUCAUUCGAGCCGCCUCAUGUUGACGAUUCGACGGAUCAAAAAUCAACUGAAUCAAAGAACGCGCCAAUUUCCUAUCGACCAAAUCAGUUUAAUGCACCGGAAAUGGGGCAUCAUGCAACUACAUACGGAGUCGCAUCCGGAUCAAAAUACAAUCGAUUCGAGCAACUACUUAAAAAUCUAGUCGGACGCAAGGUGUCGCGAGAAUCGCCAACGAUCGCCUCAUCACUAUCCACAUCGGCAAUCAUUGGCAACAGCGUUGUCAACACCGUUGCUCAAUCACACACCAGCAACGGUACAAAAACGUCUUAUAGUUCAAACGAUACGGUCACAUCCCGAAAAUAUUCGGGCGAUGAUAUUUCGUGCACAUCGAGAAGUGAUGAUUUUGCAAUUGAAAAUCAACAGCUCAACCAGCCGUUGCUGGUGGCAUCGCCUGAAAUUAAAAUAUCUCGAACACCGUCAGCGCAUAAUCUAUUCCGAAAUGACAAGUGCUUAACGUCUACCUCAUCAGCAUCGACCACAUCGUUGAAUGCAACCAUGCAUCAGCGACUGUGGAGCGUUGUGCCACUGCUGCGCCGCGAAGGCAGCUGCGCCAGUUUGAAUCAGAACAGUGCAAAGCCAUUGAUCCAUCAGCGCUCGGAUGUUGGACUGAAAAAAUGCGAAACUGUAUCUGCCUUAUCUCACUCACAGACCACAUCGAACUUUGAACCGAUCAAAGCCAGAAAUCGAUUAAGGCAAAGCCAAUCCGUCGCUACAUGCUCACGCUGCUCUAGCAUUUUAUCGCUGGCCGCUAACGGAUCACGGUAUUCAUUGAAUAUUGCGAACGGUGGAUUCGUUGCGAUUAAAACUAAUCUAGAAAAAUCAACAUCAAUUCGCGACGAUGUCAACAAAAAUGAGCAAGCAUCACUGAUAAGAGCAUCAUUAACGUCCCUAAGUACAUCGCCGUCGACAACACUCGCAUGCAAACUAUGUUUAAACGAUGUUAAGGCAGACAAAAUGAUGAAAAUUCAGCAGUGCGGCUGCCAAUUUUGUAUAGACUGCAUGAAAGCGUAUGUGGAGUUCGAGAUUCUUGAAGGUGCAUAUGAAAUUUCUUGUCCGGAUGCGUUGUGCUCGCACCAAGGCAUUAUGAAUAUUGAACAUGAUAUCGCAGCCCUGGCGUCUAGCGAUUUGGUUGAGAAGCAUAAACGUUUCCGCUUGAAUCGAGAAAUUGAACUUGACAAAAAUCGCACAUGGUGCCCUCGAGCUGGUUGUGAAACAGUGUGUCUUGUCGAACCAAAAACAAAAGAUAAGGGAAUUGCUGGUCAAUCUGGUUCCUUGAUGUCACUGGCUCCAGUUGCCGUCAAAUGUCCAACGUGUGUUGAAGAAUUCUGCUCAAGUUGCAAAAAAGCGUGGCAUCCGAUGAUGACAUGUGAGGAAAAUUCACGACGAUUGGUUGCAAAUGGUGCUGACGAUAGCAUUGGAAUACCGUUUGAUACGGACUUGAUCAAAUGCUGCCCAAUGUGCGGUGUCCCAAUUGAAAAAGAUGAAGGCUGUGCUCAAAUGAUGUGCAAACGAUGCAAACACGUUUUCUGCUGGUACUGUUUAGCAAGUUUGGAUGAUGAUUUUCUACUACGUCACUACGACAAGGGUCCGUGUAAAAACAAGCUCGGUCACUCUCGUGCAUCCGUUGUUUGGCACAGGGCGCAAGUGAUUGGAAUAUUUGCCAGUUUUGGCAUACUAUUGCUGGUUGCAUCACCGCUAUUACUAUUGGCAGCACCAUGCAUUGUUUGCUGCAAAUGCAGGGCGUGCUCAACCAAACUGGACGAUGUUGACAAUGAUUUUGAUGACCCAAAUAACGGUGCACAGAAUAGAUAACGUAAUUUGAACGGCCUAUGGCACAGAUAGAGACAAACCCCAAAACUAUUUGAGCCUUUCAAAAUAAAAACAAAACAGAAAAUAUGUACUUAAACUUCACAAUUUUAGCAAAAAACUUUUUCGAUUGGUUUCAAAUAACCAAAUAUUUAUAGAAUUAUUAUGUAUUAUUGUGUCGAAGUCCGAAACAGAACGUAGACAAAGACGAUGAUUUCAUAUAUAUGUAUAUGCUCUUCUUUUUUGUUAGAUAAGACUGAAUGAACAAUUUUGUUUUCUUUUUUAAACAAAUGGACUAUAUUGAUGAAAAUGAAGUGUAAAGUAACAACAACAAAAUAAAUGCGGAAGAAAAAACAAA